GGUAAAAAGUGUGCACUGGGCUUGUUCAGUUGUCGUAAUGGUGAAGAGUGUAUAGCCGGAUAUUUGGAAUGUGACGGUGUGGCCGAUUGUGCCGAUGUCAGCGAUGAGCAUGAGCAUUUUUCCGGACAUUUCGAAUGUGACGGUGUGGCCGAUUGUGCCGAUGCCAGCGAUGAGCAUGAGCAUUUUUCAUUUGCUUAUCAUUACAGCCUUCAAUGCGAAAUUUUCGAAGCCCAUUGUCAAGCUCCCGAUAUCACAUGCCGUAAUGUUACUGGGAUUGUUUGUCUUCCAGCGCCUAAGAUAUGUGACGGGAACCCGGACUGUUUCGAUGCCAAGGACGAAGAGUUUUGUGGAUAUGAACAACAACGGUGA